AUGCUAAAUUCUAGUACUCAUAAGUAAAGAAAAUAGUUUCAAGAGAAUUCAUCCCGCUACCUUCACUAACCUUAGCCUGAUGAAAGCGUUUCUUCAAAUACAGAGUUAGAAGCAUAAGAGCCAGAUAUUCGAAGAAGACUCGAAAGGCCUUCGAAAAAGAAGGUAUCGGUAAAGAUUCGAAACUUGGACAUCGACAGUGACAUUAUCAAAGAGGAGGAUAGCGAAGACUAUAUUAGUGAGAAAUAAUCUCAAUAAUAAAUAAAUCCCUAAUAAUCUAAUGCUGUUCUGAAUUAUGUACUUGAAGAAGAAGUUGAGAGUCCCUUUAAAAGUCGAAAUCAUUACAACCAGGAAAUACUUUGGAGUGAAAACAACUAAGAUCCUAGUCAUCCAGUAGAAGCUUAACCCUUUAAUACACCAAAACAACAUUAAGUAGUAGACUCCCCAUAGAUUGAAAGUGCAAUUAAAUCUUAUAAAAAUCUAAAUACAAUGAAAAGUCUCUACUCUCCAAUGAGAGCAUCCCAAAAUCAUAAAAUCAAUGACGAAACUAUCUAUUAACACUAUAAUUUUUUGUAGAGAUUAUUCCUUUAUCAUAUUUUUUGUUAUAUGAAACAAUUGAAAUAGAUUAUUGAAUCCUCUAUUUAAAAAAUUAAUGUGACCCACUUACCUAAACAAAGUUAUCAAGAUUCAAUUUAAUAUAAUUUAAAAAAAAUAUAGGAAUAGAUAAAAAACAAUGACUUUUUUUACUUUAAUAAUAGUGCUCUCUUUAAAUUAAUUUUUUGGUCGGAUAAUAAAUAUGUGACAAUGAUUAUCGUUAUUCUUGCUAUGUUUGAGACUUAUUCAAGAUUUGUUAUGGCGAUUUUAACUGAAACUCUGAUAUCAGCAGUGACAGAGAAUGAUAUGAGUAGUGCCUAUUUGUAAGCUACAGCUCUAGCAUUGCUUUCAUUGCUUGCCCUGAUGAGUAAGCACUAAUAAUAGUAAAACUAAUAAUUAUUUAGGUAUUUGAUAAGUAAUUUUGCUACUAAAAUAAGAAUGAUAUUUAUCAAUUUAAUCUAUGACAGAGUGAUAGAAUUGAAUUCAACUCAGAUAUAAAUGUUGAAUGUAGGUAAGAUUAUGAAUCUGGUGAGCAGUGAUCUUAAUGUGAUAGAAUACUAAUUGACCUUCAUUUAUUAAGUGGCUGUGAUCCCAGGAUCAUUAUUAUUUACUUCAAUCAUCCUAUGGUUAAGAUUUGAUGGUCCUCUUGGAUUAGUUGCCAUAAUAUUUUGUGCCAUUUUGUACCCUUUGCAAAUAUUGAUUUAGAAUAUCAAUAAGAGAUUGUUGUUAUAGACUAGAAAGUUGUAGGAUCAACGGAUACAAUAAACAAACACUGUUAUUGAGGGGAUUAAAUAUAUCAAAAUGUACGUAUGGGAGAAGCUAUUUGAAGAUAAGAUCAAUGUUAUAAGAAGGAAAGAGUUUUUCUAUUAUUUGAAUAUUCAUGCUUUAAAUUUGUUAGACCGUUCUUUCAACUUCAGUGUUCAUAUUUGGGGAUCAUUUUGUUUCAUUUUAAUAUUGUAUGCUAAUGAUACUCAUUUGACUAUUUCUAAUAUUAUGGGAACCAUUUAACUCAUGUCGAUGAUCAAAUACUAUUGCAUUUUUCAAGUGUCUUAUGCAUUUUAAGCACUAAUGAAUUUUAGUGUAAUAUUUUCAAGAGUCUCUGAGAUACUUAAAUAGCAAUCCAACAACAUCACAACGAUUGAAUAAUUUAGAACUACUUUUACUACAUAUGAUGUUUAAAAUUAACCUAUGCAGUAAUUGUUACAGGAUAGAAGUAGAGGACUCAAUCGUAAAGGUAGUCUGAGUUUACAGUCAACAUCCCUUGUAUCGAUAUCUUAAUAUUAUGGCAAAUGGUCAAAGGAUGGUCCCUCUGUUAUCAGUUAAAUUAACCUAGAAAUUAAAUCAGGGGAAAUUAUGGGGAUUAUUGGAAAGGUUGGAGCUGGCAAAACCACACUUUUAACAGCUAUACUUUAAGAAUUACCAUAUUAUGAAGGAAGUGUCACCUAUCAAAAAAAGCUGAAACUUGCCUAUGUUGAACAAGACCCCUUUAUUUAUACUGGAUCUAUCAAAGAGAAUAUUCUGUUUGGUAAAGAUUAUGAUUAAGUACUCUAUCUAAAAGUCUUGGAAGUGAGUUGUUUAGAUCAAGAUAUCUUAUCCUUCAGACAAGGGGAUAAAACAGAAAUUGGUGAGAAAGGAGCAAAUUUAUCAGGAGGUUAAAAGGCUAGAUUAAGUUUGGCAAGGGCAUUAUAUUCAUAAGCUGAUUUAUAUUUAUUUGAUGAUCCUUUAUCAGCCGUAGAUUCUAAGGUUGCUGGCAAAAUCUUUGAAAAUGCAAUCAAAGAAUUUAUAUUUAAGUUUCAACCUAAUUACAGACCUAGUCUAAUUAAGACUCAUUAGGCUUUCAUAUAACAAACUCCAUCCGUUAUUUUAGCUACGCAUCAGAUCUCUUACGCAUUAGAAUGUGACUAUAUUGUUAUUAUUGAUGGUGGCAUGAUUACUCAUUAGGGUUAGAAGAAUAAGAUGAAGAAACACGUUUUAGAAAUCUCAAGUGCUCAUACUAGUAAUAGCAACGUUGAUAAUCCUAUUAGAUCAUUAAAAAUCAAAAGACCUAGUAAGUUGAUUGGUAAGAUUGUCAGUUAGAUAUAAAAAUCAAGUAAGGACGAAACCUUAAGUUUAUAUACAAAUGAAGAUCAAAAUUAAUCCGAUGCCACAUUAGAAACAUACAGAAGAUAUUUUAGUUAUUGGAAACCUUUCUUUUUAAUAUUUAUAAUAUUGUGCCAAAAUGUUGCUAGCGAAAUUAUUAAUAAUUACUAUUAUAAAGAGAUGGCUUCUUUUGAUGAAGAUAAAUAACAAGAUAAUGAUCAGAUAUUUUACAAUGCAGCAAUUUUGGUACUAGCAGCCUAUUUCAAUAAUAUCAUAAAGUAUUUUUUAAAUAUAUUUGGUGUUCUUACUUCUAAUAACAGCAUUCACAACAAAAUGUUACAAAAAUUAAUUCUAUCUCCAAUCUUAUAUUUUGACACAAACCCUUCUGGAAGAUUGAUUAAUCGAUUUUCAACUGAUUUAUCAUUGGCCGAUACCUAAAUUCAAUAAAUUAUUACUGAUAUAUUUGAAUAAGGAUCACAAUUUUUGGUAUCACUUGUUACCAUAGCAAUAUUAUAACCAUAUUUCACAUUUGCUGCUUUAUUCACAAUUAUUAGUACAAUUGUAAUUUUCAGAAUAACACGAUCAGUGGUCUCUCAAUUAAAGAUAUGCGAUUUAAUACAAAGAUCUCCUUUAUUUGAUUAAUUUAAAAUUACUAUUAAUGGAGUGACAUAAAUCAGGAUUAAUGAGAAUUAACAAUGGAUAAGGGAGAAAUUUACAAAAUUGUCUAAUCAAUCUAUGUAGGCCAAUUUAAUAUUUUUGUAUUCAUAGAGAUGUUUUGGGUUUUAUAUCGAUUUAUUUGGGUAGUUUGCUAAUAUAUCUGGAAUCUUUUUGAUUAUAGGUAUGGUAUCAGAUCCCACUAUUUUUUCAUAAGCCUUACUAUUACUCUCAACUUUCAAUACUUAAGCUGGUACAUUGAGAUAAUUUAUGGCAUUUGAUUCUAUGAUGAAUAGUGUUAAUAGAAUGUUUGAAAUAUGUGAUUUAGAAAUUGAGAAAGAAGAGGCAGAAGGGGAAUUAAAGAUUAGAAAUUGGCCAAAAUUGGGUAGCAUUGUUUACUCAAACGUAAAAAUGUAAUACAGAGAGAACACUCCUUUAGUAUUAAAGGGAAUGAAUUUCGAAAUCAAGGAUAGAGAAAAGGUUGGAAUUGUUGGUAGAACUGGAGCUGGUAAAUCAUCAGUCAUCGCAAGUCUUUUCAGAUUAAGUUCCAUUUAAAAUAGUGGUAUAAUUUCAAUCGAUGAUUAAGAUAUUCGCAAAAUAAAUUUAUACAAGUUAAGGAAAGAAAUCAGUAUUAUUCCUCAAGUACCUUUUCUUUUCAAGGGCACUUUGAGAGAAAACCUAGACCCUUUUUAAAACUUUGAUGAUAAAACUUUAUUAAAUGUCUUAUCUGAUACAGGUUUGGAAGGUUUUAUUUAAUAAUUACCAAAUGGAUUGGACCAUUAGAUUGAACCAGAGUUCUUUUCUAUUGGUUAGAAAUAGUUAAUCUGUUUAAGUAGAGUUCUGUUGAAUAAGAAAAAGAUACUGAUUUUGGAUGAAGCAACUGCAAAUGUUGACAUGAUAACUGACUGCUUAAUUUAACAAAUCAUCAAAGAUAAGUUUAAUGAUUGCACAAUAUUCACUAUUGCGCAUAGAUUGAAUACGAUAGCAGAAUAUGAUAAAGUUCUUGUUUUAGAAGAUGGAAAAGUCCUAGAAGAAGGACACCCAUAUGAAUUAUUAGUUCAAAAUCCAAAGGUUUCAACAUACAUAAAUAGUGACUCUGCAUUUUCUAAGAUGGUGCUUUAGACAGGCUAUAAAAAUAGCAGUUAAAUAUAUGCUAUGGCAAGAAAAAGCUAUUAAUAGAAACAUGUAAUUUAGAGCAAAAGUAGUUGUAAUAGUAAUAUCCAGGAUGUAUCUCUUAGUAGUAUUAGUGAAUUUAACGUUUGA